GGUGGUAGUAGUUCAUAAACGAUCAGUUGAAAAAGAUCAUUUUUUGCAUGAUAGUCUAAUAUUAUUUACGGAAUUGAUGUGAUUAUUUUGCGUAGAAAAUUCUAAGCUAAGGCAGAAAAUGGUGAAAUUAUUGUCAGUUUUUCAUUUGUUUUUUAUUGCGAUUUUUCUGUGCAAUGAGAAUUCAGCACAAGGACAGACGUUGAAAAUAACGUCAGUGAUAAAUGAGCCGUACGUGAUGCUAAAACAGUCGGCCAAACCUCUUACCGGAAAUGAUCAAUUUGAAGGCUACUCAAUUGAUUUGAUAGAUGAAAUAUCCCAAAUACUAGACCUCAACUAUACAAUUCAACUGGCUCCCUACAAUAGCGAUAAAAGAACAGGCGCAUGGGACCGUAUCGUUACGGAGUUAAUUCAACAUCACGCUGAUAUCGCAAUCGGCGAUCUAACAAUCACAUCUGAACGCGAAGAAGUGGUUGAAUUUUCAACACCAUUUAUGAAUACAGGCAUCUCAAUACUGUAUAGAAAACCAAGUAGAAAGCCACCGGCUUUGUUUUCAUUUAUGGGACCAUUCUCACCGAGCGUUUGGAUUAGCUUAGCUAUUGCAUAUAUGGUCGUUUCUGGUUUGAUGUAUAUUCUUGGUCGUUUCACACCAUCUUAUUUAAGUCAACAAGAAGCCAAAGAUGACGGUCAAUUUAGUAUGAUGAACUGCAUGUUUUUGCCGAGAUCCCUGUCAACACAACUUGCUGCUGGAGUCUGGUGGUUUUUCGUCUUGGUCAUGGUUUCAAUGUACUCUGCCAAUUGCGCCGCUUUUGCCACUAAUGAUAUCGUCGAGUAUACAAUAGCAAGUGUUGAAGAUUUGGUCAGACAAUUUCGCAUCAAGUAUGGGGUAGUCAAAGGCGGUUCAACCGCAUCAUUUUUCCGCAAUUCAAAUAAUCCAACAUAUGAAACGAUGUGGUCGGCCAUGGAAUCGUCAGAAUUAACGGCAUUCGUAUCAAACUCUGCCGAGGGUGUCAGUCGUGUGGUGAAGGGGGAUGGAAAAUAUGCAUUCUUAAUGGAAUCAGUUGCGAUCGAAUAUGUUACAGAACGAAGAUGCGACUUGACUCAGGUUGGGCCAGUGUUGGACAGCAAGAGUUAUGGAAUUGCAAUGACCAAAAAUUCUACCUAUCGAUCUCAAGUAAAUGUCGCCAUCUUGAAACUACAAGAAAAUGGAAAAUUGCAGACUUUACAGAAGCGUUGGUGGAAGGAAAAACGCGGCGGUGGUUCGUGCGAUUUUUUUAGUUCGAAUGAUAAUUUUGUAUAUGAACUCGGCCUCGACAAUCUUAUUGGAGUGUUUAUUGUCCUAAUAAUUGGCUUGGGCAUCGCGUGUAUCAUCGGCGCUUGUGAAUGUCUGUUCAAAUCACGAAUGGAGCGAUAUAUCUAAAUGCUAAUAAAUUGUUUCCAAAAUAUUUAAUA